AUGGGCUCCAUUUCUCAAGCAAUUAAUGAAAUGGGCCUUGAUCUUUACAAUGAACUGAACAAAAAAGCUGCAGACAAAAACAUCUUCUUCUCCCCUAUGAGUAUCUCUACUGGCCUGGUCAUGGUCCUGUUGGGUGCCAGAGGUAACACUGCUACUCAGAUGCAAGAGGUUCUUCAUUUGAAUAGAGCUGCAGGAAGUGCAAAUCUCGGAACUAGGCCUGUCUCUGAAAGUGGGACAACAGAAGCUGAGCCAGAAUAUCUCAAUGAAGGGCAAUAUCAUCAACUUCCUCAAUUCCCAAAGCCUUCUCCUUCACGAUGUGACUUGGUUGGAGGAAUCCACACAGAAUUCCAGACACUCCUUUCCCAACUGAAAAAUCUCAACAAGAGCUGUGUACUGAGUCUGGCCAACAGUCUGUUUGCACAAAAAGGGUAUAAUUUUCACCAGCAAUAUUUAGAAUGCACUAAGGAAUUAUAUGGAGCAAUACUGCAAACAGUUGAUUUUAAAAGUGCUACAGAAGCAGCCAGACAGACGAUAAAUUCCUGGGUUGAAAGCAAGACACAAGAUAAAAUCAGGGAACUCUUUGUUCGUGGUGUUAUUGACACAACCGCUGUGCUGGUGCUAGUGAAUGCAAUCUACUUCAAAGCAACCUGGGAAUACAAGUUUGAAGAAAAACACACAAUGCCAAGAGACUUUAGGAUAAACCAGAAUGAGAGCAAAUCUGUGCAGAUGAUGUACAAGAAAGACAGAUUUAAAAUUGCCCACAUACAGGAGAUUAAUGCUCAAAUUCUUAUGAUCCCAUAUGCUGGAAAAUCACUGAAUAUGAUCAUACUGCUACCCAAUGACACCACUGGUCUGGAACAGGUUGAAAGGGCAAUGACUUAUGAGAAAUUAACACGCUGGACUUCCUUGGAAAGUAUGAGAGAUAGAGAAGUGAAGGUGUAUUUGCCCCGGUUCAAACUUCAAGACAGCUUUAAGCUCAACUUACCUUUACAAGAGAUGGGGAUGAUUGAUGUCUUUAAGGAAUCAAACGCUGAUCUCUCUGGAAUGGCUCCCUCACAGAAGCUGUUUCUGUCAGAGGUUGUCCACAAGGCCUAUGUGGAAGUUAAUGAGGAAGGCACUUUGGCAGCAGUUGCUACAGGAAGUGUUGCUAGCAAUUCCUAUAUAUCUGCUGAUCUGUUUAAGGCUGACCAUCCUUUCCUUUUCUUUAUCCAGCACAAUCCCACCAAUACCAUACUCUUCCUUGGAAAACUCUGCUCUCCUUGA